AAUAACUGCCUUCAUAUAUAGUUAUCGUCAAAAUAGUUAAUUCCUGAUGUUUCUUGGCAAUAUUUAAGCGUCAGAAACCGGCAAAUACUAUGCUCUGAGUACGAUAAUCUGGCAACGACCUUCCCGGGGAGGUAAACAAACCCCGCCGUCGCUGUCCCCGCCGCUUCCCUCACGCCCUUGCCUCCACCGCCCCCAGGCCCACCACGCAGGCCAGGUCACCACGGCAGGUCGUUUCACAGAGAGAGGUCAGAGGUCAAGGGAAACAAGUCCAGAGCCGCGCCGGUGCCCCGCAGGCCGCCCAGCACCAUGGACGAGGAGGGCACCCUCAGCCCCUUCGUGUACUGGGCACAGACGGACGCCACCAUCACCCUCAGGAUCGAGCUCAGGAAUGUACAGUCCCCACAGGUGGAGCUGGAGGAGCAGCAGCUGUCCUUCUCAGCCAUAGGUCACGGUGCACAGGGAGAAAAGAAAUAUGGAUUCACCCUUCAACUCCUCAGACCUAUCGACACAGAGAGCAGCAGAUACCGUGUUCUGGAGCGUAAUGUGGAGUUCAGUCUCAACAAGGCCCACGUAGAGUUUUGGCCCAGACUGUUGGAGGACACAAAGAAGCCAGCCUGGCUCAAGAUUGACUUUGACAAGUGGACACAUGAGGAAGACCUUUCCGAUGAGGCACGGGACAUUAACGAUGACUUCCCCGGCCUGUAUGAGAAGAUGCAGGCAGAGGAGCUUGGGUGGCCCUCCAAGCGUGGUGUUUCAGGAGAGAGCCUCAAGAAAGUGUACCUGUUCUUGUAUAACUUGUGGCAGUUUGUUGGGUUCCUCUACAUCACCGUGGUUACUAUCACCCGUUAUGUCAAGAAUGGACCAGACUCUAUGGAGGGGACAUACGCGGCAGUUGGGUGGAUGAUGCGAAUGUGCCAGCUGACUCAGCUGCUGGAGGUGCUGCAUCCCAUUGUGGGCUACACCCGUGGCCCAGUGAUCCCCGCCCUGGUGCAGGUUGGAGGACGAGGGGUGAUCUUCUUCUGCCUAAUUGAAGGAGAAGACAGGAUGCAGACCAAGCCCGUCAUCUUUUAUCUCUUUCUUGUGUGGUCCAGCAUUGAAUUGGUCAGGUACCCUUAUUACAUGCUGCGAGUGUAUGACGUGGAGAAUGGCUUCAUCACUUGGCUCCGCUACACACUCUGGAUACCUCUCUACCCGCUUGGUUUCAUCAUGGAGGGUGUGGUUAUAUUACGAAGCAUCCCAUAUUUUGAGGAAACUGGGAAGUUCUCAGUGUCGCUGCCCAAUUCAAUCAACUUUGGAUUUUACUUCCCCAACAUCCUACGGAGCUACAUCCUGUUCUUCUUCUUUCCUGCAAUGUACAAGAUGAUGAACCACAUGUACCAUCAGCGGAAGCAAAAAAUAGGCCCUCAGACCCGGACCAAAAAGAUGCAAUAGAGCAGCACACUCGAUGGACGGAUCAAGGUGGUGCCAGUGUGGUCAGCUGGGCAUCUCAAUGCUAUAUGGGUCAAGUGUAGCCCCAAGAGGCAAAUUAGCUCCCUGCAAAACUCUUUAGGUAGUCCAGGAAGACGUGGCUAAAAUUCCAACAGUUAUUUGUUUUAAGAUAGUGAAGAGAAAUUAAAUUAAUCACACUGAUUUCCUGACACAAAUUUGAUUGUAUAAAUUCCUCUCCCCAAAGUUUUAUCAUAUCCCUUUUACUAUUUGAAUACUUUGUAUUUGAAAACAAAAUGUACAUUAAUCAAAAAUCUUAAGUAAAGAAUAAGUUUUUGUGACAAAUUUCAGCACACUGAACAAAUUAUUGUAUUUAUAGCAACUAUAUUCAGCAUAGAACAAAAGAAAAUGCACACCUUCACCAGUUUUGGCCAGGACCAGCCCCUCACCCUUGCUGCAACUUGCAACCCAACCCUAGUCAUCCCCUCAGUCGUGUCUCCCACAGGCACAAAAUCAGUUCAUAUCAUGUCUUCAGGAACAAGACUCAUUAGUAUGUCGGAGUGAUUAUUUGUAGUUCUUAACAUGCAAACCAUCACAGUACAGAAUGAGGAUGUCUGUCAGAUACUUUGGUGAGUAUAAGUCUGAGUGGCAGUGCUAGUCCUUGCUCGGGAACCUUUCACUAUUCACCUGUACACCUGAACAUCACCUCUCGUCAUUGGCUUAGCACUGUCCAUCUCUUAGUGCAUUUGUAUUUGAGAUUAGCCAUUACCUUAAAUACUAUUUAAAACUGUGUGUGUGUGUGUGUGUGUGUGUGUGUGUGUGUGUGUGUGUGUGUGUGUGUGUGUGUGUUAUCAAAUUUGAGGUGUGUUCAUGUGCUAAUAUUUCUCUUUCUUGAAAUUAGGGAUAUUACUUUUAUAAAACCCACAAUUUCUGUAUUCCAAUUGUUACAUAGGUUAACAUAUUGUUAGGAGGAUACAUUUUUUUUCCAUUCUUUGAGCACUGCAUUUAUUUUUUUAGCUUCCACCCACGCCCCCUCAUUCCCGAACCUCUCAUCACCUCAUGCAUUACCUCCCAUAUUUUUGUUUCAUCACCACGUGUCUCAUCUGUGUAUUUACCUAGUUGUGAUAUACAGGGAACGUGCCAUGCCCAUGGGGUCCCGUCUCCAUGCCUCAGUCGGUCAUUCCACAGUUAAGUGGAUCUAUAUGGAAAACUGUAUUUCCUGAUAUCCUUCAAGCACCUUUUUCACUUAAGGAAACAGCCCAAAGGCAGAAAAUUGCCCACUAAGUGCUGCUUUCGUAAAGAAGAAAGGUUAGCGUCCAGGCGGAGUGUCAAACUCAUUUGAUGAAAUGUGUGUGUGUGUGUGUGUGUGUGUGUGUGUGUGGGGAUUUAUGUAUUUGCAGAUGUGUACUGUAUGUAUAUUAUGUAUUGAUAGUUUGUUGAUAAAGUCAUGUGGAAGUUAUAAAUGUGUUCAGAGGAAGAGAGUGUAAGAAUUAGACUUAUGGAAAGUUAUUCCCCUGCAGCUACUCAUGGAUUAUCAAACUUAACUGUGGUAGCUUUCCAAUAUAAAGUAUUUGAUUUGA